GGCGCCGUCCGGGAGCGGAGCGAGGCGCUCCCGUUGGCUCGGGGCGCUGCAGGACCGCGCGCGUGGGGCCGCGAUCGCCGCGUCCUCGGCCUGCCCGGCUCCCCGCUUCCCCGAAAGCCAUCUGCCGCUGCCGCCGCAAGACUCSCCUGUCCGCGAGCCCUUUAUAUCUGGGUCAGGGAGGCGGCCGAGGGCGGGUGGCCGCGGCUCGGGCCACAGGAGCGUUACGCCCCCGGCGGCAGCCGCUCGCGGAGGCCGAGCGCGGCCGYCGGGCGGUAACGAUGUCCCUGCAGGGGUUUGGCAGCGGCAUCGCCGACAGAAGCAGCCGCCGGGAUUAAACCUCGGGCUUUCCGGGAGCACUGCCGCAGCAGCAGGGAAAGGCACCAGAUGGGGAAGCCAUAGGGAGUUUGUAUCAUGGCAGCAGAUGAGGAUGGACUGGGACUGUUUGAUAUCCGCUACAGUGCUGAAGCUUCUCCCUUCAGGGAAGGAGAUGAGAGCUCAGUGGAUAUUUAUGAUGGCUUGGACAGCAGUUUGUCGGUUUCUGACAAUUUUGCUCCAAAUUUUACACCAUCUAGAAGCAGCUUAAAUUUAUUUGAUGAGAUAUUAAUUGAAGAAGGGACUGCAAAGAAAGCAUCCUAUGAUGAGUUGCAGGCAGAAUAUGGAAAGUGUCAGCACCAAAUUAAAGAGUUGAUGAAGAAAUUUAAAGAAAUACAGGCACAGAAUGUCAUUCUACAGAACGAAAACCUAGCUCUGAAAAAGAAUAUUUCAGCCCUUAUCAAAACAGCAAGAGUAGAGAUUAACCGUAAGGAUGAAGAAAUCAGUCAUCUCCGUCAAAGGCUAUCAGAUUUUCCCAACCAUCGAAGUAUUUUCAGCAGAGCAUACCUUCCAGGCUCAAUUAAAACAAAAGAUUCCAAAUUCCGACCCUCUGAUUUGGGUGACAAUAUGAAGAUGGAACACAGAAUGAAAAAUGAUGGUUCAAAAGAUGCAUACCACGGUUACUCGUCUCAUAACACAGACAGUGGGAAGUCUGGCUCUGAGAAAAGGAACACUCCAUUUUUGCUGAGGUACCCUCCUGAAGAGCUCUGCAAUGAUGGUUCUCACACAUGUGCACUGAGCUAUGACCAUACUUCCGGCAAGGAAAACAGACAGGAAAGAAAAGAAACUAAAAGUAAUGAACAGUAUUGUAGGGGAAAUGUCAACAAGUACAAAAGAGAAGUACAUCAGGGCACUGGAAAUGAUGGUGAAAGUGAGGAGGGGAAUUCAGAUCCUCAACAGAAGCUGAAAACGCUUUCAGAGAAGGCUAGUAAAAAUGAGUUGCAACAAAAAAGUCAGAGCAUGAAACUCAAAUGCAGUCCAAGUGGAGAAAGAAGAGUAGAAAGGGGUGUUUCUUCCUGGGAAAAACAGACAGCUGGUAAAGACAGAUUUCAAACCAGAGGUGAAUCGUAUGCUGAUGAGAGAUUACAAAAUGUAUUAAAAAAAGACAUUAAAACACAUGAUAAAGGUGAAAAGCAUKCUGGCCAGAAAAAUAAACUGAAUGAGAAGCUGCAAGAACAGCCAAGGAGGCCUGGUAGGGGGAGCAGUCCACACCCAAGGAAUGAGCAUUCAAAGAGUCUUCAUGAAUCACGUAAAUGUCGUAUGGAAGAGUCCAGRAGAGUAAAACACAUUGACUGCAAAAGAGACAGAGGAACAGAUGAUCAUACCCCUCGAGAAGGAAGGACUUCACCUUCUAAUUCCAGCAGCAGAGAGCAUAAACAUUCACGCCUGARGGAAAGUAGUAGUAGACAUGAAUGGGAAACAGCACAUUCCAAAUCAGAAAGACACAGAACUGAAGAGAAAAGGAAAAGGGAAAGAGAGGAUCAGGAUGAAAAUAGACAUUUUAGAAAUGAUAAAAAAGUCGCAAAAGAAUUUUCUCACCAAUCUGUGAAAGACUCCAAGAAAGGUACAGAUGUUACAAAAAGUGAGAGAAACAAAUCCUGUAAGCUGGAAGAAACAUCCAGAGUAGCAGGCAGUAGUUUAAAAAACAAUAAAGUUCGCAAAACUAAAGGUAAUCGCACUGGGCCAAAAAGCAAAGACUUAAAACUUAGCUUUAUGGAAAAGCUAAAUUUAACUCUUUCUCCUAAUAAGAAGCAAUGUCUCUCUGCAAAGGAUGGACUUAGAACACUUUGCCAAAAGGCUGCUGUUGAGGGAGGUACAGAGCUCACACUGCAAGCAGAACUCUUAGAGUCUGCCCACCCUGUAGGCUGCGGUCCCACAGAGCAAUUUCAUUCAACAUUAAAAGUUCUGGACACUGUGGCUCAGAGCAGCRUGGAACCAGCAGUGCCUGUUUCUGUCAGUUCUGAAAAUGAAGGCUUGAAAGUAGCAGCAGCAGAUCUGGUGCAGUCUGAAGCGUUGCCAGCAGCCACAGUCGAUGAAUCGAGCUCAGAAACUUUACCAGAAGCACCAGUGGGUCAGGUACUGCCCCACGCCUUGCCAGAAGCAGCCAAGGUGCUGGUUCCUGAUGAGAUGGAGGCUGAAACGCUGUCAGAAGCAGCAGAGGCUUGUGAUCCCAUUGAAUUGGAAGCCUCAGUAAAAACAGCAGCAGUGGUGGGUCUGAACCACUCUAAAUCUUUGCCCCUGGAGGUGAUGGGAAGUGUGGGAGAGUGUGGAGAGUUGCCUGUGACAGAGGGUGAGAUGCAGAGUGAUAAUGUACYAGCAGCAGAAGUGGCACAACCUGAACCUACAAGUGCAAGUAUGGGAGGCCUUCAGGAGUCAGCAGCAGAGAAGAAAAAGGAAGAUAAAAUAUGGCUGGCUGCUGACACAGAAAGCUCUGCAGAUCAGUGUGGCUCUCAAAAUGUUGUCUUAGAUGACUUGGAAUCCAGAAGUUCUGGCGACUUGGAGUCCUCUGAUACUGCAGAUGGUAUCAGUGAAACAAAACCAGACUCUUUAAUGGAAGUAGUGAGGGAUGGUGAUCACUUGGCUGCAGCAAAUAUUGACUAUUCCAUUGAGGAAAAGAGUAUCUGUGAAAUUAAUACGAGUACAUCCCAUUCAYUGGACAGAACUAUGAUAGCUGAUAAGGAUGAACCACUAGUUGACCAGAAUACUUGUGAUCUGGAGCCAGACCUAACUGAUAGCAAUACUGCAACAGCACUUUCUCUCUCUAAAGGGAGAGAAACUAACCCAGUUUCURUUGAUGAUGACAGCUCAAUACUGAGUAUUGAUCUCAAUCACCUGAGGUACAUUCCAAAGGCAAUCAGCCCACUGAACAGUCCAAUGCGUCCUUUGGCUAAAGCACUGAAGAUAGAAAGUCCCUGUAAAGGCCUUGUGAAGACUUACAACAAAGAUUUARUUCCUGAAAGUGCAGUUGUCAUCUGUCCCUCAAAGAACUUAUCAAAGGAGGUAAACAAAGAAAAUCAAAAGCCAGUUAACUUGUCUGAUGAACAUCUAGAGAUGGAGUCUCAGCUAAGUAUCUCUUCAGAUGAAAUAGAAGAAGGUGAAAUCGUAAGUAGUGAUGAAGAUGAAGAAAAUCCUAAACCAGAGAGAGGCGCUGAAAAUACAAAAAAGUCAAGACCGAAAGCUUCACCUGAGACACGAAAUUUAACCAGCAGUCCGCAAAAUCAAAAUAGCAAAACUGUGCACUGCAGUGAAGAUAAUGGAAAAUUUGUUUCUGUGCAAGUAAGCACACAAAAGAACAGAGAGAGGCAUACAAUUCAGACUUUCAGAUCUUCAAAGCAUAUGAGGAAAACCAAAACUGUGAGCAUUGCUUGUCUUGAAAAAAUAGUUCAUGUUAUUGUGGAACCUUCAAAUAUACAAGAAAUUAUGCAGAUGCUCAGAGCUAUCCGGAAACAGAUGAGGAGAAGUUAUAUGAAGUUCAAAGUACACUUCCCAGUUCAGCAUUUUCACAGAAUUAUAGAAUCUGGGAUCAUAAAUUUUACAGCAUUAAUAAGAUACUUGAAUUUUUCAAAGAUAUGUGCAUUAGGUGACACAUUGAAGUUGAAUAUAUGUGAUAUUAUAGAGUCAAAACUUAAACAAGUUAAGAAGAAUGCARUAGUGGACCGUCUUUUUGAACAGCAAGUAUCAGAUAUGAAGAAACAAUUGUGGAAAUUUGUAGAUGAACAGCUUGAUUACUUAUUUGAAAAGAUACGGAGAAUUAUAAUAAAACUAUGUGACAUGGAAAAUGAGGGUGAGGAAGGGAAGUUUGAAAGGGCCGKAAAGCAAAACCACAAGAUCAGUCAUAGACAUGAUGUGCAGAGAUCUAGAAAAAAGUCCCUGAAAGAUGGUUCUCAAAAGCCUGAAGAAUAUAUUUCAAAGCAAAUUGUAGAUUAUCAGCAACCUAAAUGUCACCAUGAGAAAAAUAAGACAAGUACACCGCCAAAAAUUGCCUUUACAAAAUGUCUUAACUCCAUUGAUAACACAAGAAAUUCCCAAGCAAAAGUUCACCUCUCUAAAGAGAAUAAUUUACAAAGUACUCUUACUCCACUAAAGGGUGUAAAAUAUGAAAAGGAAGGACUCCAGCUGUCCAGAGAUGCUAACAAGUCAGAUUUUAGUUAUGAGCUUCUCACAGAACAACAAGCAUCCAGUCUUACAUUUAAUCUUGUAAGYGAUGCUCAAAUGGGUGAAAUUUUCAAAAGCUUAUUGCAAGGUUCUGAUCUUUUGGAAAAAAAUGGUGGCAAUAUCAACAGAAAUGAUUGUGAAUUCAGGACUCCGGAGAAACAGUUUUUAGACAGUCAUAAAUGCAGGGAUAAUCCUGAACUGGAGCAAGACAUUGCUUCAAAGGAGGCAGAACUGGUUUGUAGACUGGAAGAGGAUAUUAGCUGGACUAUGGUUUCACCUGUAAGAGCUCCCUCAUUAGCAUCUGGGCCUCAGAUGCCUGUUGAUCCAGAUGUGCUGGAUGAGAGCUGUAUGUUUGAGGUUUCUACAAACUCAGCUUUGUGCAAAGAAGAUGAAUGCAAUUUACAGAAGAAUAAGUCGUGUGUUUCUUCUAUCCUUCUGGAAGAUUUGGCUGUUUCCUURACUAUUCCAUCACCUUUGAAAUCAGAUGCUCACCUCAGCUUCCUAAAAUCUGAGAAUAAUUCUAGCUCAGCUCCUGCAGGUGUUGUUAGUGCACAUUACAGUGAAGAUGCACUUCUUGGAGAGGAAGAUGCCACUGAGCAGGACAUUCAUUUGGCUUUGGAAUCCGAUAACUCAAGCAGUAAAUCGAGUUGUUCAUCAUCGUGGACAAGUCGGCCUGUUGCUGCUGGUUUUCAGUGUCGCCCCAGCCUACCAAUGCAAGCCGUCAUCAUGGAGAAAUCCAAUGAUCAUUUUAUUGUAAAGAUUAGGCGUGCAGUGCCAUCUGCCUCACCAGCAUCUGAUCAGAUUACUCCAGUGAAGGAGGCACAGGCAUCCUCAGCCAAGAUUGGAAAAGGAGAAAUGAGAACUGGGGGAAAAGAAAAAGACAGCCAGAGUGCCACUGUGAAAGAGUCUAUCGAACCAGAUCUGGUUAAGAUGGAUCACUUGCCUCAUAUCGGUGCUGAACAAGAACAAAGUCCUGCCUUAGCUCAGCCUCUGAAGGAGUCAUACAAUAGUAUUGGAAAGGAAGAAGCUACAAGGUUGCUUGGAACCUGUAGAAAAUCUUCAGACAAGGAGAGCCAUGACACUGAAAGCCUGGAUAAAGGCUCUAAGCAAUUUGAGGCAGAGAGAUGGCAAGUAUCCAAAAACAUAGAUGAAAUGCAUGUUAGAUCUCAAACUUCYUUUCCUGCUGAAUGCAGUAUGAAGUCCUACAUAACAGAUAAUAUUGUUAAUGGAACUUCAUGUCGUGCAGUGGAAUCCAGAGCAGAUAAUGGGACUCGGGAAACUUSUACAGGAAAUUCAGAAGUCAGUGAUAAAAAGGAAGAACUGGAAGAGUGCCUUGAUGCAUCUCUAGACUUAACAGAAGAGCUUUCUAAUGAGAAUGUAGCAGGUGAAUGUAAUCUUGAAACAAAACCCAAUUCAAAGAUUGAUGGAGGGUGCCAGAGAAGUCURGAUGAUAAAACCAGUAAAAAGAGGAAAAAGGAGACUGUUCAAGAGAAUUCCGAUUCAAAAAGGCAACGAAAAGAAACUGAAUCAGCACAUGAGGGGAGUGAUGAAAGUAUUAUCAGGUCAGAAGAUACAAAUUCAUCACCCAAACAAUCUUCCAAUAAGAAUGAGCUACAGCAGAACAAAGACUCUUCUCCCUUGACUUCAUCUCCAUCAUCACCGAGCCUUUAUGCCAAAAACAUCAUUAAAAAGAAGGGAGAAGUAAUAGUUUCCUGGACAAGAAAUGAUGACCGAGAAAUUUUAYUGGAAUGUCAGAAAAAAGGACCAUCAAGCAAAACCUUUAUUUCCUUGGCCACUAGGCUGAACAAAAGCCCAAACCAGGUUUCCGAAAGAUUCAAGCAAUUAAUGAAGCUGUUCAAGAAAUCCAAGUGCAAGUAGACUUACACCAGUUGCUUCAUGGUUCCAGGGCUUAGCUGUUACCUGGAGGGAUGGACUAGAGCCAGUGCAUUCACAUGUUGGGAUUACGGGGAAAUAUCCAAGUCAGAGUUCUUASUUUGGUAAACCCAAUGCACUGUUAGUAAUUUAUGUGUCUGCGAUUCCUCUGAAGUUCAACAAUAACACAGAGGGAACCUCACAAAGAAAGUGGCUAGGAAAGAAAGGGCUUUGACACUGCAAAUGGGGCAGUGUCAUUUCRAGGGGAUGACAUCUCCUAUUAGUUAAAGGUGUUCUUUGAGCAGAGACAAGGGUGAGYAGUUGAGCGGGAGUGGUGGCUCUUGCUUCACUUGCCAGAAAUUCUGCGUCUGCUGAUGUCAAACUGUGAUCUUAAAAAGUGCUUUGGAACCGUGCUUUGGAAYUGUUGGUAGAUACCUGUCAUUUUCCAGGAUUAUGUCAUCUUGGUGACCUUGUAACAUAUUUUAAGAAGUGAGGCCUUUUUCUUUUAAAAUAAGGCAGGGCAAUGACAGCAAUGAUUCCAAACAUUGCUUAUCUAGUAAUUGAAUUCUGUUGCUCAGGAAUAGKUGGAUCUUGCAACUUGUUCUUAACAAACAUUUGUGACUAUUGUUUACUUACUGGAGAUUUAAUUCCAACAGACUUUGUUUUCAGAACAGUCAGUGUGCAGGAUAGCAUAAAUGUCACUUUACAUGAAUGCCACUCUGCAAAGGCCAUUGUGUUUCCCUGUUCCAAAUUACAUCUGGAAAAGGUACUUAAUAUUCAGGUCUUCAACAUAAUAAACAUUCUGUUAAAAAAAAAUUAAAAAUUGAAAACUGAUUUUCUUUUAAAAAUUCAUUUAGAAACAGACAUUUACAGUUUCAUAAAAUGUGGCUUUGUAGUCAUAACCAGAAGCAAAACUUUUCUGUAAAAACAAGCAGUUUUCAAAAGCUUGUCAAGUUGGCAUGUUUUGACAGCAAUUGCAUCUAUCUUUACAAAUUGUUUAGUGCAUUAGAAAUUCAUUAUGUUCUAUUUUAAAGAAUCUGUUAUAACUGUUUCCAGUUUUACUAGAACAUACCUAAAGUGUAUGUGUGUGUGUGUGUGUAUAUAUAUAUAUAUAUAUAUAUAUAUACACACAUGCACACACACAUAUCUCAUACAUAUUGCUGUUUUAUCCAAAAUUUCUAAAAAUUUUUUUUUCUUCUCCCUGAGAAACAUUCCUGGAAGUUGCAAGGGUUUUCGUUUAAUGAGUUUGUUGAUUUUUGAAGUUUUAUUCUUUAUGGAGGRUCAGAAUUGCUGUAGUCUUUAUUCAUUCUGAGCAUCUGCUGAGUACAGUUAGACUUCAUUUAACAGCCCCACCUAAGUGCAUUGCCUUUCAACUUGGAUUGAAUUGGCUCUUUUUCAGAGUCCAGUGGCCAUUUCUUCAAUGUCAGCAUGGUUUUUUUGUUCCUUCUCCAACUAAUGGAACAGAUUUCUCUUUCUAAUAAACCAKCAGAUAAUUUGUCAGUGAUGUUGUCACUGACCCCUUUGGAGUUUUGUACAUGUGACCUGCGGAAUGGAUUGUCGUGCUGCCAAACAGUGCAUUGUCCUUGUGUCAGGCAGUGCUCYGGCAACUGCUGGAAGGAGUGACUUGAGAGGUGAUGAUGUCAGUUCUGACAGUCUUCCAUCUUACGUGCUUGCUUCUGAAACGUUUGCUUCUGAUGAUCAAAUCUCACCUUCCAUGCUACGCUGGCAGUGCCUGGUGAUUUCAGUGGGGGAUUGAUGUACCAACCCAUGCUUGUUCUUAACAAACAUCUGUGACAAUUGUUAAUUUAUUGAAGAUUUAAAUCUAACUGAAACUGUUUUCAGAAUAGUCAGUUUGCAGAGAAGUGUUCACGUUUGUGGAAGAGUCAGACUCCGUGUACUGAAAGUACUCUUCUAACCAUAUCCUUAAAGAUYAACAUGUGCAGAGUACUGAAGGCACUGAGGGAAGUCACUUCUCUCCACUUCAGUGCUUCCUCUCUCUGUCAAAAAAGCAGGUAGUAUUUUAUUACAAGUUGUUUAUUCCUUAUCUGUGUUUACUUACUUUCAUAUCUGUAUAGGUGAUGGGGGGCAGGGUUUGACUGUUUUGAGUCUAACUUGGAUUCCUGUUUUGUAAAGUGUGAAACUUGGUUAAUGUUCUCUCUAUUGUAUCUAUGUGUACAGGUUCCUACAUGGUCAUGUAAAAUAUCUGAUGUUUGUAUAUAUAUAAAUAUAUGUAUAAAAAUAGGAAGAGCUUUGUUUAGCCAAAGAUGAUUUUUUUAACUAUAUAAAACUACAGGUUUAUUUUGUAUAAACUAAAUAGUUUGCUUACUGUAAGAGCAAUACAAAAAAAUAAAACUGUAAAACUCACAUACAUGUUCUUGUUGAACAAAGGUUGGCUUGGAGUGGUUUUGUACCAUGGUUUGUAAUUUAUUUCUCCAACAAGAAUUUUGAUACGUAUAUGCCAAAUGUACUGUAUGUAAUUCUACAGUCUUCUUUGUGAAACCUCAGGUAAAUCAAAACAUUUUCUAGAACUGUUGACCAAUGGGUUGACAKCUACACAUGAAGUUUACUUCUGUUGGUUUGUAUAAGUGAGUAGCUAUGUUGAUGUUCUGGCCAAUAAACAUGGAAGUUGUCAGCUGCUGCCCUGCUGUAAUUA